GUUUUUAUAAGCGAACACAUAAAAGAAAGGAGUAAGGAAGAAAUUCAACUGCAGAAUGAAUAUGAAGCUUGGCAAAAUAUCAAAGUUUCCCACGGAUGAAGAUAUUGUGGAGCCAUUGGGAUCUAAAUCCGAUUUUGAGCUUGAUAGCGAAAGUGAUAUAGAAGAUGAUUUGCAAGAUGAUAUGGUGCAACCAGUUUCAAUCGAGCUAGUUGCAAAUUCGUUCAAGAUUUUGCGGUCAUAUUUAAAAACCAAUGAACAUACAACGGAUUCUCUGUACAAUGGUUUAAAUAAUAUUGAAGCUUUUUUUGAAGAUCAGAAUAAAAAAUCCUCUCGUCAAUCCCAAAUAACUGACUUUUUUACUUUAAAGGAAUGGAAGCUAUACAUCUAUUCAUACAAUGUUAUUAAUUAUCAACUAUACAUAAUUUGA